UCAUAUUCCGUAAUAUUUACCUUCAAAUUAUACCUUUAAGUUGAAAGGUCAUCAUGUUUGUUUCUGAAAUAGCUGUUUAGAAAUUGUUCAACGAUGAUCAAGUUUGUUUUUUCUCUCACAGUUUUAUGCCAGCUAGCGUCGGCCGGAACGAGUGAGGGAAGUUGCCCUUAUGUCUCGCCUGUUCACGUCUCGGAAAAACUGUUCGCGGGUCGAUGGUACGAAGUGAAACGAGCCGAGAAAUUUGGAGACAUGGGAGAGAAAUGCAGCUAUGUCGACUACCACUUUGCCAAGGACGAACAAGGUUGGUAUUUGUUCAUGAAUAGCACUGGAUACAAUGGAGUGGAGUACAAGACGACCGAGGCAGUUGCUAGGCAACCCCGCGAACUCCAGAGAACUGCUUUGGGCGCGUUCGUGGUUCAGUCCUACGGAGCUUCGAACAACAACCUGUACGUUGCUUACUUGGACAAUAAAUUUGCUCUCCUUUAUUUUUGCUACGAAGUUGGAGUCAUGAAAACGGACCUUGCUUGGAUUUUGUCUCGAGAAAGGUUCCCAGACCCUCGUGUCUAUCCGACCCUGGAGAGAACUCUGAUGAAUAAGGGUGUAAUCCUACCCCUUUUUGACGUGAACCACAUUGACUGUGCCGUUCCGAAUGAUAAAACUCAAGAUUCUAAUGGAGCUGUCGCGGAAACAGAAAGAGACCUCGACAUCAAACGAGAAAGAGAUCGAUUGUUCCGAGAGUGUUUGAAUCAGUUUUCAAAUGGCGAUUCUACGUACAUGCUUUACUGUUACAGAAACUAUCAUGAUUAAAUAAACAAUGUUUCAUUAUU